AUGCGCUGUGAUUUAAAAAGGAGGUUUUUGCUCCUCUAUGCAACACAAAAGGGGCAGGCAAAAGCCAUAGCUGAGGAAAUAUGGCAGCAAGCAGGUGCCCAUGGACUUGAAGCUGAUAUGCACUGUAUAAGUGAAAUGGACAAGUAUAACCUGGAAACAGAAAAGGAUCCUGUAGUUAUUAUUAUUUCCACUACCGGUACUGGAGACCCACCAGACACUGCCCGCAAGUUUGUAAAGAAAAUUCAAGACAGGACCUUGCCACCUGAUCAUUUCGCACAUCUCCAGUAUGGAUUACUAGGUCUGGGAGAUUCGGAGUACACAUUCUUUUGUAAUGGUGGAAAGACAGUAGACCGACAACUUCAAGAACUUGGUGCCCAGCACUUCUACGACACAGGAUUAGCAGAUGAUUCUGUAGGUUUGGAACUAGUGGUUGAUCCUUGGAUUGAUGGACUUUGGCUUGCCCUCGAGGAAGCAUUUCUAUUGCAGAAAGAAAAAGAAGGCAUGACCAGUGAUGCUGUUUCUAGCUCUCUCUCUGCAGCCCCACACGUUGGGCAUGAACUAAACUUAAGCUCAGAAGUACAAAAUUUGAAGCUAGAUGAAAGAGUGAGGAGUGCUGAUGUUCUGACACAGAAACUGGUUGACAUCCAUCUUGUGGCUUCAGCUGCAGACACCGAACCUUCACUUGUUCAUUCUGUCCCUCCUGUCUCUCAGUCUGCUCUUAAUAUCCCUGCCUUGCCACCAGAAUAUAUAGAGGUGCAGUUUCAGGACACCCACGGUGAGAAUCCACAUCUGUCCUCACUGAUUUCAGAGGGAACAACCUUUGAAGUGCCAGUUACAAAAGCAAUUCAGCUCACUAGAGAAGAUGCAAUAAAAACUGCAUUGCUCUUAGAACUUGAUAUUGCAGAUACAGUCUUUGACUACCAACCUGGAGAUGCCUUCUGUGUAAUAUGUCCCAACAAUGUCAGUGAGGUGGAAGAACUUCUUCACAUCUUGGGACUUUCUGAAAAAGCAGAGUACUUCGUUUGUGUAAAGGUUAAGCAGGGCACUAAAAAGAAAGGAGCAGCUCAUCCACAACACAUCCCUGAAAGAAGCACUCUGAAAUUCAUUCUGACCUGGUGUCUGGAAAUAAGAGCGAUUCCCAAAAAGGCAUUUUUGCGAGCUCUUGUAGAAUGUACCAGUGAUGCAGGAGAAAAACGGAGGCUUCAAGAGCUUUGCAGCAGACAAGGAGCCUCUGAUUACACACGCUUCAUUAGAGAUUCUAAUGUUUGCUUGCUGGAUUUACUUCAUGCUUUUCCAAGCUGCAAGCCUUCGCUUAACCUUUUAAUUGAACAUCUUCCUAAAUUACAAGCCAGAUCCUAUUCAGUGUCAAGUUCAAACUUAUAUCAGCCAGGAAAACUGUGUUUUGUAUUUAAUAUUGUGGAGUUCCCUGCCUGUCCCGCUAGACCAGUCUCACGGAAAGGAGUAUGUACAGGGUGGCUUGCUGAGUUAGUUGCACCUCUACUGCACCCCAAUAAAAACACUCUGGAUACAAAAGGAGCAAGCUCUUCAACUGAAAAGAUAUCUAUUUUUGCUCGUCCAAACAAUACUUUCCACUUACCUGCAGACCCGUCUGUCCCGUUCAUGAUGGUUGGUCCAGGAACAGGAAUUUCACCAUUUAUUGGUUUCCUACAACAUAGGCAAAAGCUCAGAGAAGAACAUACAGACUGGGAAUUUGGAGAGACAUGGCUGUUUUUUGGUUGUCGGCAUCAGGAUCGAGACUAUUUGUUCAAAGAUGAGCUCAGAUGUUUUCUUGAAAAUGGCACGUUAACUCAUCUUAAGGUUUGUUUCUCAAGAGACUCUUCAACUGCAGAAGUAGCCCCGCCUAAAUAUGUGCAAGAUGUCAUUAGGCUUUAUGCUAAGGAAGUUGCCAGAGUCCUGCUGACUAAGGAAGUUGCCAGAGUCCUACUGAAAGAGAGAGGUUACUUCUAUAUAUGUGGAGAUAAGAAGCACAUGGCUGAUGGUGUAAGUGAUGCUGUAGUGGACAUUUUAAGCAUGGAAAUGGAAGCAGACAAACUGGAAGCAAUGAAAAUCCUGGCUAAGCUUCGAGAAGCAAAACGAUAUUUGCAGGAUGUUUGGAGCUAA